GGCAGGCGGGGGCGCGCCGUGGACGCCGAGGGACGCUCGCCAGCUCCGACGCCGUGAGUAGCGGAGCCCGGCCGCGAGCGGGGCGGCGUCGGCGCGGGGUGGUGCCGAGGCCUCCUCUGCCCCUUCGCCCCUGGCGACGCUGGGCCGGCUGAAGGCCUGGCCCGUCGCGCGCCCUCCACCCUCCGUGCCGAGCGGGAGGACGUCUGGAUCAAAUGAUGCUGUUGCAAAAAAUUCCCCAGCAGUUAUGCGGCUUAAAGAAAUUCCCAUGGUCAUGUGACUCCAGAUACUUCUGGGGCUGGUUGAAUGCAGUGUUUAAUAAAGUGGAUUAUGAACGCAUCAAAGAUGUCGGCCCCAACAGGGCUGCCUCCGAGUGGCUGCUGCGCUGUGGGGCCACGGUGCGCUACCAUGGCCAGGAGAAAUGGCAGAAGGACUACAACCACCUCCCCACAGGCCCUCUAGACAAGUACAAGAUCCAGGCCAUCGAUGCCACCGACUCUUGCAUCAUGCAUAUUGGAUUUGAUCACCUAGAGGGCCUCGAGCAUGUUGAAAAAAUCAGGCUAUGCAAGUGUCAUUAUAUUGAGGAUGACUGUUUGCAGAGGCUCAGUCAACUUGAAAACUUACAGAAGAGCUUAUUGGAACUGGAGAUCAUUUCCUGUGGGAAUGUCACAGACAGAGGCAUCCUUGCUUUGUGUCAUUUAAGAAACCUCAAGUAUUUGCUGUUAAAUGAUCUCCCUGGAGUAAGAGAAAAAGAAAAUCUUGUCCAAGCCUUUAAGACAGCAUUGCCUUCUCUGCAAUUAGAAUUACAGUUGAAGUAAAGCAGUAAUAUUA